AUUUUAUUAUUGUUGUUCUUUUGGCUAGGCUUAGGACUAGUACUGAGAGUUAACCCCCUCAGUGGCUGGGUUAGUUAUCUACCUGGGAAUCGAACCUGGGCCGGGGUGAUAAGAGUGCAGGGCCGUUGCUUAUAUUUUAUUACUUUUUAAUAAAAUAUAAGACGAGGUAUUUGAUCAAUUUUUAGUUUUGGGUAAUUUAUCUAGUGCUAUUUCCCAGUCUCCCUUUGGAUGAUGUAACUGAUGUCUGAUACAAUUUUUAGUAAUUAAUAAUUGGUAUUAGUAACAAAUUAAUACACACAAUGAUUAAAAAGCUGUCUCUAAUAUCUAUACCUCACAAUAAAUAUUUGAAAUUUGCAUAUUAAUUACCUAUUAUCUAUUUUGUGUAGUAAUUCAAAUUCAUAACACAAGGUAAGCAACAUAAUUUAAAUAAAGUAAUAGAGUGUUUUGUGUUGACACUGUGGUUAUCCUUUUUUAAUUAACCUGUUUCUCAUGUCUUACAAGAUAAAGUAUGGUUCAAAUGAUGGAAGAUUUCAGGACAUUCUUCUGUUUAUGUAGCACUUUACGACCCUCUGUGUUCUCAUCUGUCUGUAAGGGAACAAAGAUAAGCAGCCAACAUGACUGAUAAAAAAAAAAUGUCCAUGAGUCGGAAACACAGCCUGAAGAGCUCAAUGCUUCAGGUUGCAAAAGACUUGUUAGAAGCUGAAGCUGUAGAGAAAGUGCAAGAGAGGAAGAAGUACAUGGAAGAGCAUUGUCCUCCUCUUUGUUUACCCAGCAGCAGCAAAGAGGACCUAAAGGAACUGUGCAGUAAGCUACAUGAAAAGAUUAUUUUAAUUGAUGAAGAACGGUACAAUCUGGAACGCAAAGCUAAAAUGGUUGUGGAUGAAGUUAUAGAUUUGAACAUAAAGGUUGUAGACCUCAAGGGCAAGUUCAAGAAACCUCCUCUGAAGAAAGUGCGGAUGUCAGCUGAUGCCAUGCUUCAGGCUCUGCUCGGCUCCAAACACAAGGUGAACCUGGACCUGAGGGCCAACCUGAAACAAGUGAAGAAGGAAGUCAAGGAGGAGGAUAAGGAACUGCGUGAUGUUGGUGACUGGCGUAAGAGCAUUGAGGAUAAGGCUGGCAUGGGUGGAAGGAAGAAGAUGUUUGAGACUGAGUCAUGAAACAACUGACCAAACAUUUGUCUCUCAGUGACAUAACUAAAUACCAGCUCAAACAUGUAUUACUUGUAGUAAUGACUCUACAGACUCUAUAUAUACACUGGUCACAGGUUACCCAUCUCAUGAAUGUUUUUUAAGCAAGUGUCUCUUUCCAUCUUUAACACGUUUUGUGCUUUCACAACAAUAUCGUUGUAAAUGCUUGCGAACACGUUUUC